UUAAAUUUUUUUGUUUGUUGUUGUUCACACACACAUCCAUUCGAUAUAUUUUAUUUGACUUUUUCAAACACACACAUGCAUGCAAAUUCAAUCAUGGCCGAAGUAAAUAAUAAUAAAUCUUUGCUGUUGAUCAAUGGACAACAGCAACCAACAUCUCAUCAAUUUAGUGAUAAUUUUAUCAUCAAAAAUAAUAAUUCUUGUCCUGUUGUUCAAUCAUUUCAAAAUAUUGAUAGAGAAUCAUUGUUACGUUUAGAAAGUUUAAUUAGUGAAUUUUUUCUACCAAUUACCUGUAAUGAACGUAAACGACAAAUUGAACAAUCAUUAGCAGAAUUUUCCAACACACCAAAUUCAUGGCAAUUAUCAUUUGUUUAUUUUGAACAUACAUCAAAUGAAUAUACAAAAAUGUUUUGCCUUACCGUUAUCGAAUCAUUUAUUAAUCAACGAUGGCAUACAUUAUCAACAGAUAUUCGUCAAUCAUUUCGUAGUUCAUUAUGGAAACAUUUGUUUGAAAAUCAUGCUAAUAUUACACCGGCAAUUCGUAAUAAAUUUUGUAAAAUAUUAGUCACAAUUGCCCGUUAUGAUUGGCCUUAUCAAUAUCCGGAUUUUAUGUCAAACAUUCUUGAAUUAUUAACACCUGAUCCUGGACAGAAUAUAUUACAUUCGGCUACAUUAAUUUUAUUGGGAUUAAAUCUACUUGGAACAGCUGUUGAAGAAUUAUCAUCAAAUAAAUCCUAUCAUCAUAAUCAUUUUACUGGCACAAUUGAAUUGGUCAGAAUUUUGCAAUCACAAUUACCAAACAUGUUGCAAGCAUUAACAUUAUUGUUAGAAUCAAUUAUUUCCAAACAUGUUAAUUAUUAUUCGGCUACACCACCACCAUCACCAACAUCGAUACAUAAUCAGAAUAGUAAUAGUAGUAGUAAUAGUAGCCGAAGUAAUGCCGGUAGUCCACCGAAUAUUCUUUCACACAUCACCAAAUCCAACGAUACAUUAGGUAAUGUCUUUCAAAUGAGUCUAAAAAAAGGAUUAUUACAUUCCAUACCUGAAAUGGACCAAGAAUUUGUUCAUCUUACAUCACAGAUUUUUGUUUGUCUAUCACAAAUUAUUGAUUUUAUGCCUGUAAGCUAUUUUCAAUCAAUCAAUUCUACAUUAUUAUCGGCUCUUUAUGUUUUGGCAACAUUUGGUUCAAUAAAUCCAUCAUAUAAUUCAUCAAAAUUAGGCCUGAUCUCGAUGAACUGUAUUAAUGAAUUAAUAUCAAAAGUAUCAACAUUUGAUUCGGAAGCAAACGAAUUCAUUUACAAUGUAUUUCAUAAUACAUUUAUAAUUUUACAAUUAAUUGUUUCAUCAUCGUUAAAAUCACCGAAUGAUGGUGAAACAAGAUUCGAUGAAAUUGAUGAAGAUUAUUUGAAAAAAUUUAUUGAUUUUUUAAAAUUAUUUAUCAGUAAUCAUUUGGGUCGUUUUGAAAAAUUUAUAUCAUUUCCAACAAAAGAUUUUCUUCAAUUAUUAUUUGAAUUCACUACAAAAAUGUGCCAUUCAUAUGAAUGUUAUCUAAUGUUAUUGGAUACAUGGUCAGUUUAUUUUGAUUAUCUUGAAAAUUAUAUUAAUCAAAUAACUGGUAAUAAACAUCAUAAAGAUAAAAGAUCAAUAAUGGAUGAAAAAUUCGAAUCAAUCAAAGAACCUAUAUUAUCGUUUUUGUUGUUUAUUUUACGUUCCAUACAAUAUAGUUGUAAUCAUGAUUAUCUUAAACAUUUAGAUGAUCAAACACUUGAAGAUGAUAGUCGUACAGAAUUGCAAAAUUAUUUUUAUCGAUCGAUUGAAAUUGUGGCUAAAAUAGCUGAUAUUUAUCCAGAAGAAACAAUCAGUUAUAUUGAUAAUUAUUAUAAUGAAAAAUUACAGAAUCUAUAUUAUGGUCUUGAAUUCUUAGUAAACAACAAUAAUAAACCUCUAUCAUCAUCAUCAUCAUCAUCAUCAUCGAUGAUGAUGGUGAAUGGAAAAUCAUAUUGUUCAUCACCUACAAAUAAUCAUAAUCAUAUUCCAAUCGAACAAUUAAAAUUACAUUUAGAAGAUUUUAUCAUUACACUUCAGAUGUUUUCACGUUUUGCAAAUUUUUUUAUCGACAUACAAUUUGAAAAAUAUUUUAUUCGUACUAAAAUGAAAUUUGAUAAACUUUGUGAGAUUUUACAUUUUAUUGAAAUACAUAAAUUCGAUGAUGAUCUUCAUGGACAAACCACAACAACGAAUCCAUUGUUAAGCGAAUUUCUUUUGCUUAAAGCACAAAUUAUUGCUACGUUUAAAGCUUAUAUCGUAUGGUAUCAACAAGUUUGCUGUGCCAGUGAUAAACAUUCGAUUCAAUUAGCUCAAGCAAUUGAUCAUAUAACCAUCAUAAUCAAUACUUGUUGUUCGAUUAUCUGUGAUACAAAUAAUUGUUCUCAAUCAUUAAUCGAUCAUCAACAUUCAAUUACAGCCAACAGUGAUUUACAAUUGGCGCGAAUUUCAAAAUGUUCGGAUGCAAAAAAGAAAAUGUUUCAUAGUGCAGCAUUGACAUUGAAUACAUUUUCAGCAAAUGUUCGACCAUCGUUUGUAUUCAACUUACAAUCUGUACAACGACUUUUUGAUCAAAAUUUUCAAUCCAAUCUGCUUCAAUUAAACGUUUCGGACAAAGGAAAAUGUGAAUCAAUGCCACCGCUUGUUGAUAAAAUUUUAAUUUCACAAUCAAUUUCGAAUUUCUUGAUUUUACCAUGGUUUCAACUAUCGAAUGAAGAACAAAAUUGGGAACGUCGUUCCAUAUGUUUUAAUAUGUUUAUUGGAAAUUUUUUGCAUUUAUUCAACAAUAUUGAUCUUGAUGAUUCGAAUCGUAUCAUUGUUACAACAAUUCAAGAUAAAAGUAUUGAUGAAACAUCCAAAUGUCCAAAUGUUUAUUGUCGAUCAUUGUACAUAUUAAAACAAGUGAUAAAAUCACAUUCAGAAUCUCCCUUGAAAAGUAAACAAAUGUUAUUAAUCAGUUUAAAUUCAUCAUUAGAAGCAUUCAUACAGCUGUUGGCACAUAAUCAACUAUUAAAUUCGACCAUUAUCGGUUGUCAAAUAACUAAACAUAUCCUUGCAUUAUUCAUUGUCGUAUUUAAAGUUUUAUUAUCACGUAUUCAUACGGAUUUUGUCGAAAGAACUAUACAGACAUUGUUGCAGAUUAUAAAUCGUCAUAAUUUUAUGACACCGAUUUCUAGAGAUACAAAUUUAUCUCAAACGAAUUCAAACACAAAUAAUAGUGAAACAUGGCCUGGUUUAAGGGUGAUAAUUAAAUUUUUAAAAUUAUUAAUUCUUGUCAUUGGACAACCAUCGUUGAAUUCAUUUAUCCGAACAAUAUUACCGGAUAUUAUUGAUUUUGCUGUGAUUCGAAUUCAAACAACUAUGAUUAAUUCAAAAUCACCAAUGACAAUUUAUUUUAAAAAUUCAACCGGAUUUCAUUAUGAUAUAUAUCAUAAAAUGUUAAAAGUUUAUUAUCGUUUUUUGUAUGAGCUUUUGCUCAAUAACUGCCGUUAUUUUUUUCCACAACGACUUAAUUCAAUACAACAACAACAACAGCAACUAUGUACUGUGCCAACAACAACAACAACAACAACAACAUCACCGAUUAAAUCAUCAAACGAUAAUUAUCAUGAUAGUCAACAGCAAAGACAUUUUGAUUCGAUAAUGGAAAUUAUUGGCGAAUCAUUUUUACAGCCAGAAAAUAUACAUUUAUUUCGACAAAAUGUUGAUUCAUUAGAAUCAAUGAAUCAAAAAUUAAAACUAUAUGAACGUUUAAAUUUUCGUGAAAAAUUCUGGGAACGAUUUCUAUAUUUAUUUAUGCAAACAUUAAAUGAUCAUUCAUUGGAUCUUUUACAAGAAUCACUAUUUACCAUUAUAUUUCAUAUGGCUCAAGUUGAUUUUAUACAAUUUUAUGAAUCAUUUAUGCCUAAAUUUUUAUCAAAUCUAUCACGUUUGAAUGAUCAACAGCGAUUAGAAUUGAUGACAAAUUUUAAAAUAGAACAGCAACAACAGCAUCAUCAUCUGACACAUCAACAACAAAUACAGAUUGAUUUUCCAACAUUUAGUUCAAAAUUAAAUCAAUUAUUAUGUAAUGUUCGUUUCUUUUACAAGUGCAAUAAUUAAUAUUUUAUGUUUUAAAAG